UCUCAGCUACUUUACGCUCGUCUCAUUUAUUUUGUCUUCGUAUUCCUUGAAUUAAAGCUUUCUAUAAACAUUUCUCGCCGCGAGUGAGUGUAGUGUGCCUCAGUUUUAACAAUAAACGAUGAACGCGUUUACUUGUAAAAUACAGUAAAACGUCAAUACAUAUAAUUUUUCAUACAUCAUACUCUUACAGCGUCUAACAUGUGAUUCCAAAAUGUAAAUAAUUAAUUGAUAUUAUCUCACAAAAUGGACGUGAAUGGUUGUAAUCGUGGGUGUACAGUGAAGUGACGUCUUUUAGGUUCAUUGCUCUUAUAUUUAUGUGCAGUUAUCAGUGUUUUUUUAAGAGACUAAAACACUUUCCUUGGCCUGCCUUCAGCUUCAGGUUUUAAAAAAAUCACCGCAACCAUCAUAGCCCCUGUGAUAUGCAGCCUAUCGUUCCUCCAUCGUACUGUCAAUUACCAAAGCUAAACCUCUAGAUAUAUUUACCAAAGCUAGCGUAAGAUGUCGAAUCAGAUGCCAAUCUAUAGUCAGGUAGUACCAAAAUCCCAGUACCGAAAACCUAAACCGGUAAGCACGCGCGAGCGCCCCCAAAACUUGACCCGGACCGAUUUCGACCCCCUCAACUACAACCACGGGGGCAAUUUCCAACUCCUCAACGCCCCGCUCGAGGUCAAGAUGGAUAAGGAAAAGAAGGAGAGGAGGGGGGAUAGAGGGGAGAGGGGGGAUAGAGGGGAUAGAGGGGAGAGGGGGGAGCGGAGGAAGACGCAGAGAGCGGAGACGAAUGAUGGGAAGGUGGAGGCAUAUUUGAGGCAAAACCAAGUGAGCAUACGGCAGCAGCAACACAGGCACUCGGCGGUGAGGCAAGCCGAACAUAGAGUCAAUCUGAGAUCUCUUCCGCUAAACGAGAACGCUAUAUCUCGUGAUCGCGGCCACGACAGAACACCGACCGAACGGCACCGAGGCUUCGAGAGAGAAAGAGACAGAGAACGGGAGAGGGAGCAUCGGCGCGAGAGAGACAAGGACAGGGAUAGAGACAGGGAACGGGAUGAGGAGCGGGAUUUGGAGUUUGACGGUACACCUUUAACCCCCCCAUCGUCCCGGCCGGUCCGCAAAUCGUCGUCAGCACACCGUGUGUCUGAAACUAUUUCCGCAGACAAGAGGAGGUUCUUCUGUCGGGAGUGGGCAUUCCAGAAGAUAGCACACUGUUUGGAACAGCGACCUGCUAGCAAGGCUUGCGGGGCACUUAUAUUGGGGGACGCUGGCAGCGGUAAAACUGCGCUAUGUCAAGAGCUAAGCGAUCCCGGUCAAGGUCCACAGGCUCGCCAACAGAGGGCGCUGAACAGAAGACUACUGGCCAGGCAUUUCUUACAAGGCCACAGCGAGAGCAGUCUUCGUCCGGGCGAGUUUAUCCGCUCCCUGGCUAUGCAGAUUUUGAGUCAAUCGUCACGCCGCCCCCGCGCCGACACGAGCGAGAGAGAUGCCUCUCCGAGAAACGACAACUAUAGAAGUAAUAAUAGGGGACGCAAUUCGGAGGAAGAACGGUUGAUCAGCAAGUUUCAAGACCUGGGCGACGAUGGUGAAGAUAGCUCUAAACCUCUGCUGGCUGAUAGCGAAGACCAACGAACGGACGAGGAAGAUGGCGGCGGGCGGCGCGCGCGCACGAUCGAUCGCAUCCACGAGCGAGACACCUAUACUGACUCUAUGGCUGACACUAAUGCCGAUAAUGUGCCAGAAAUCCUACCCCGCUCCAGCGUAAAAACCACCAACCCCUUCGCAACGGACGAAGAACAUAACCCCUUAUACGAAAACCACGAAAACCUGUUCCUGCGCAACAUUUCCCAACGCCAAUCCAAAGAAAUACGCAACUCUAGACUCCUUCGACAAAGCUCAGAACCGCUUACAGAAAAAAAACCUAGCGCACUACAGAAAUCUUUAUCUACAGAGCAAAAAACAGACAGUGAAAACGAUAAGACCAACAGCCCUCCUAAAUCUAGAAUACCGGUGGCUAACUUCAAAUACCCUAAUAAGAGCGAUCUCAAACCUAACUCCGUUGAGAACUCCCCGCAGAAAAAAGAAGUUAAAGAGUUGCCUGAAUACCAGAAUGUUCUAGAACGGGAAAGAAAAGAGGAUGAUCCACCACCAAUACCCUCUUUACCAGUCAGUCCAAGGACCUUAAUAGCAAAUGCUUAUUAUGAUAAGUUGUUGUCUGAGCCGGAGAUACAGCAAGCGCUGUUGCCUCAUAAUUUGGAAAAAAAUCCAGAUGAGUGUUUUAAGAAGGCGUUAUUGUUUCCAUUAUUGGAGAUUGAUCCGCCAAAGCAGUGUUUAUUUUUGUUGGUGGACGCUAUAGACGAAGGACUUAAUGGUUACACGACGGAGUCCCGCACUGUCGCCGCUCUCCUCUCUCGCCACCAGCACCUGUUCCCGCAGUGGCUGCUGCUCGUCUGCUGCGCCAGGAGACAGAGCAAGAGUCUCACCAAGAUGUUCACAGGAUUCAGGAAGAUAACUUUGGAUGAGCUUCAGCGAGCUCACGUGUCGGCAGACGUUCAGAGAUACGUGCUGUCCCGACUAGAUACGGAGCCUAGACUCAGAGCGCGCGUAUCGCAUGACGCCACUGCCGCCGCCGCGGCCGCGGCCGCGCUCGACCACCUGAGGAUCAAGAGCGAUGGCUGCCUUCUGUAUCUGGAAAAGGUGUUAGACGGAGUGGCAGAUGGAUUUAUAGCUCUCCGUGAAAUCAAAGAGAUACCUGGAACACUGAACGGCCUAUAUCUAUGGCUGGCGCAGCGACUAUUCCACGGGAGGCGAUUCACUAAGGUCCGCCUUCUACUAGACGUGUUGCUGGCAGCCCGCUGCGGUGUCACGGAGGAAAUGCUCUACAAAUGUCUCCUUACCAAGGAAUACAGUGUUACUAGAGAGGAUUUCAACAGACGCCUACAUUUACUUAGAAGGAUACUAGUAAUGGAGCGUUCCACUGGAUACCUAUCCAUUUUCCACCACUCCUUUGCGGUUUGGCUGUUGGACGUUAAACAUUGCACGCGGCGCUACCUCUGCUGCCCGGCCGACGGACAUGCUGCGCUCGCUAUGUACUACACGCUGUUGGCCAAGAGGUUGAGCGCUCUGGAAAUACAUAAUUACGUGUUCCACAUGACUAGUUUGGAACAACAUAUGGCCGCACAAAAGAAAAAGACUAAUAACGACCAAGAGGAAGUGAUAGAUCUCCACACACUAGUACUCCUAUGGGUACUAGAUUCUGGCUGCGACGUGGAAUCGGCGUUGCGAAGAGAAAACGACACCAUGCGACAACUAGAGACCAUCGACACUCAGAAAACGGAAAGUAAACCAGAGGAUAAAGAAGGCGACCCAGAGUCUGAAGGCAAGGAUUCCAUUUCUGACCCUUCAGCCCUAGAGUCCAUAAUGCCCGAGCUAAUAUCAGGCAACACAGACGCCAGGUGGCCUCACGACAGACGCGUACUUCGCGCGUUAUUAGAACUGAGCCGGUCUGAUUCAGCGCCGGGAGAAACUACCGAGAAAGUGCCUGAUUUGCUAUCUCUGGACGCGCCUCUAGAGACAGAAGUGCUAGCGCCAGACGUGGAAUCCGAAGAGCCGGUCGUCAUCGAUCCGAACGCGGUGUUCGACUUGGCGAGCAGGGGUGAAGAUGACGCUCUCACGGCUUUACUAAAGCGGUGCCCGGAGCUAGCACUAGUAACGGACGCGACGGGCGGCACCGCGCUGCACGCCGCAGCACGCGCCGGUCGCGCGAGCACCUGCUGCGUGCUGCUGCGCGCCGGCGCGCGCGCAGACGCGCCCGACGCAGACGCCUGGAGCGCGCUAAGGGCCGCGGCCUGGGCGGGGCAUACUGAGGUGGUUGAGGUUCUACUUGAAUUUGGAUGUGACGUGGAUUGCGUGGAUGCUGACAACAGGACCGCUUUGAGAGCGGCCGCGUGGUCGGGCCACGAAUGUGUCGUGUCCCGCUUACUAGCGGCGGGCGCGGAUCCGGACAAGGCGGACGCUGAAGGACGGACGCCGCUCAUCGCCGCCGCUUACAUGGGACACGCGGACAUUGUUCGAGCGCUGCUGGACGCCGGGGCGAGCGUCGACCAUGCUGACGAAGACGGUCGAACUGCACUGUCAGUAGCGUCUCUCUGCGCCUCCGGAGCAGCGUGCGCGGCUCUACUCUUAGAGAGAGGCGCUGAUGUCUCCCGCUGCGACCGCGACCGCGCCACUCCAUUACUAGUCGCCGCGUUUGAGGGACACACUGAGAUCUGCGAGCUCCUGCUGGAGCACGAGGCGGACCUGGAGGCGGCGGACGCGCUCGGGCGCACGGCGCUGUGGGCGGCCGCGUCCGCCGGACACGCGCGCGCCGCCAGGCUGCUGCUGUUCUGGGGCGCCUGCGUCGACUCCAUGGACAGAGAGGGACGGACUGUGCUCACCACAGCCGCGGCACAAGGCAACGUGGAAGUGGUCCGGCAACUUCUGGACCGAGGUUUAGAUGAGCACCACAGAGACAACUCCGGGUGGACGCCGCUACAUUACGCCGCUUUUGAAGGCCACAUAGAAGUAUGCGAAGCUCUGCUAGAAGCGGGCGCGAAAGUGGACGAGGCGGACAACGAUGGCAAGGGAGCUUUAAUGUUAGCGGCGCAGGAAGGACACACGGGAUUGGUGGAGGUGCUGCUCGAUGAUUGGUCCGCGCCGGUGGACCAGCGCGCGCACGACGGCAAGACCGCGCUCAGACUGGCGGCCCUAGAGGGCCACUUCGACACAGUACGAGCGUUAUACCAACGCGGCGCCGACGCGGACGCUUUAGACGCAGACCGUAGAAGCGCAUUAUACGUUCUAGCGUUAGACAACCGCCUGGCUAUGGCUAGAUUCCUGCUGACUGAGUGUGGGGCGCGCGCCGAUACUACGGAUCUGGAGGGUCGGACUCCUUUACACGUGUCCGCGUGGCAAGGGCACGUCGACAUGGUCAACUUACUCAUAAAAGUCGGCGGCGCUGACGUAGAUGGUCGUGACAGAUGUGGACGUACGGCCUUACAUGCAGCGGCGUGGCGCGGCCGCGGCGCCGUGCUGGCGGCUCUGCUUGCACACGGCGCGGACACAGCCGCUGUUUGCACACAAGGCGCUACCCCGCUAGGUAUCGCAGCUCAGGAGGGCCACGAAGAGUGCGUAUUAUGGUUGCUGCAGCACGGGGCGGACCCAAUGCAAGCCGACCAUUGCGGCCGCACGCCGGCCACGGUGGCGUGGCGCGCGGGUCACGCGCAUAUCGGCCGUCUACUCGAACGUGCUGCGCCCGCGCUGCUGCCCGAACACAACUCCAAUUCUCCGGAAUAUAAGCGCCGCAGUACACACAGCAAUUCAACGAAAUCUUCCGCCGGUUCCGCGAGAGACCACGAACCUCCUCCCGACCUAACACAUCACGAAAAGCCGAACCGAGCGAAUCUAUCGCUCUCUUUCGCGCAACAGGUCGCACGUUGCGGCCGCAGCAGGCGCGAGAAAGAGAGGGAAAACGUUAUACCCGAACAUCAUGCGGUCGAAAAGGAUUCUAAACUUAGGAGUUACGCAGCCAACGAACGAGAUGCCGACCUACGCGGGUACGCGUGCGAGCGAGACAGACGACGCGACGAGCGGCACGGCUACCCGUGCGACAGAGACAACAUGAGUCCGCUGUACGCCUCUCCUCCACGUAGUCCUAUUAGCGACAUCUGUAGCCCCACACAACCCACACAAGGUUCUCAGCCGCCAAGCCUGACAGCCCAGCCCGUGUCAACCGACACACACUUUAACCGCGACACACACAUGCGCAUCAUACUGGGGCGAGACACGAAACCACCGCAAGAGCGAGACAGAAGAAUAGGUCGGCAGGCGUACAACAGGCUAGUGGGGAGUUUGGGGCGAGCGAGAGGGCGCAUAUUUAAGAAAACUAAAGGAAAAAGGAAUGGCAUCGUGACUAAUCCCGCAAUGCGGCUCGUCGCAAACGUCCGAAACGGCCUCGACAGCGCCGCUGCCAAUAUUCGUCGCACCGGCGUAGCCCUAGCGGCUAGCGCCAGCUCUGCCAACCCUGCUGUCAAAACCAACGCUUUCCAGUGGAGAAAGGAGACGCCGCUAUAAACCAGAGCGAGA